GCUGUUUACAUUUGGAAUUGCUUAAAGGGGUUUUUCUUGCCUUGUGUCUCUAUUGUUUCAUUCAAUUGUUAUUAAGUUAAAUAAAUUAGAUUCAUUGUUUUGUCAAGAAAUUAAUUAAUCAACCAUGGAAGGUGAUUGUGAGGACCAAGCGUUAGAUGUUCCUCAUGAAACGGAUUUCCUUGUAUUCUAUCGGAAAUUGUCUGAAAAAUCACCAACAACUGUGCGACUAUUUGAUCGUAAAGACUUUUUCACUAUGCAUGGACCUGAUGCGUUAUUUAUUGCCAAUGACAUCUUGAAAACUCAAACAGUCAUUAAAUAUAUUGAUAGUAUUCCGUCAAUAGCUUUGAGUAUGAAUAAGCUAGAAAUGAUUUUGAAAGAACUUUUGUUGAUACGUCAUUAUCGAGUUGAAAUUUAUAAACAAGAAAAAAGUUCUAGAUCGGCCAGUUGGUCACUCGAUGUUAAAGCUUCGCCCGGUAAUCUUGGUUCUUUGGAGGAUACUCUUUAUUCUGUUAACGAUAACUCAUCUGGUCUAAUCUCAGUCAAAAUUUUUGGUAACGAUGUUCCUAUCAUUGGUGUUGCUUAUAUUAAUACACUGGAAAGAAUUAUUAAUGUCAUCCAAUUUGAAGAUGAUCAAUAUUUAUCUACUUUUGAAGCGAUUCUCGUCCAAUGUGCUCCUAAAGAAGUAAUUAUUCCAAAGUCAUUUCGUUCGUCUGUUUUUUUCAAAAGGUUUGAAGAAAUUAUGGAUCUAAACAAGAUUCUUGUUACUGAUGUCAAACCCCAAAGUUAUUCGGAAGAUUAUCCAACUUUGCAACUCCAGAUGAAUAAAAUUGUAGCUUCAAAAGGCAAAACAGACUAUUUAGAAGAUCAAAAAUUGGCAACUGCUGCUCUGAGUGCAGCUAUUGAAUAUUUGAAUUUAUCUACUGGCGGUGUUGAUGGUCGAUACAUAAUGAAAAAAUUCGAUGUCUCGUUUGUUCGUUUAGAUUCUUCUGCCAUAAAAUCUCUUGAUUUAUUCACAAUCGCUGGAACUGAACCUUCAAGUAACAGUAAUUUCAGUGUUUACCACUUAUUAAACAAUUGUAGAACCUUAGCUGGUCAAAGAUUGUUAGUGCAAUGGAUCAGGCAACCUCUAACUGAUUUGAAUCAUAUCCAGGAGCGAUUGGACCUAGUUGAUUUUUUCCGUAAAUAUGAUGAUAUAAGGAAAACCUUGAAUAAUGUAAAUCUACGCCGAGUUCCUGACCUGCUUCGCUUAUCAAAAAAAUUUGAACAAGAAAAGGCUGCUUUAUUUGAUUGCUGCAAAGUUUAUGACUUCAUUAAAUGUAUACCAAGUAUAGUAGAGCUGUUAGAGUCAAGUGGUGAUCCAAAGAUUAAGGAAACAUUUGUCGAUUCUUUGAAACGAUCUAAUGAAGACUUUGAAGAGUUUGUAAAGUUGAUUCAAAGUACUGUUGACUUCACUCGACUAAAUGAAGACCGUGAACCCAUGAUCAAGGCAGAUUUUGAUGAAGAAUUGGAAAAAAUCUAUAAAGACCUACAAGAAGUUGAAGAUGCUGCUGAUGGCCUAGCUACUUCUAUUUGUCGUAAAUUUGAUAUUGACCCAGCCAAGCUCAAACUUGAACGUAAUUCACAAACUGGAUACAACUUCAGAGUUACCAAAAAAGAAGAGAAGAGUAUCAGAAACUCGCAAGGUAUUCGAUUCAUUGACAGGGCUAAAAAGGACGCUAUUCGUUUCGUGAAUGAUAAAUUGGAUAAUUUGAGCUCUAAAUAUGUUGAGCUUAUGGCUACUUAUGAGAGCCAACAAAAAGAAUUAGUUGAAGGAAUUAUCAAAGUUGCAGCAACUUACAGUGAAGCAAUGAGAUCUCUAGGAGACUUGAUAGCUAAACUCGAUGUUAUCAUUUCUUUCGCUAUUUAUUCUUGUAGUGGCAAAAAAUUUUGUCGACCAGAAUUGCUACCAAAAGGCAGUGGAAAGAUAAUACUUUCACAAGUUCGCCAUCCUUGCCUGGAGGCUCAACCUAAUUCUAUUUAUGUUCCUAAUGAUGUUCAUCUUGACGAAAAUGAUCAUAAAUUUUAUCUUGUUACUGGACCUAACAUGGGAGGAAAGUCAACUUACAUUCGAUCGGUUGGAAUUGCUGUUCUUCUCGCUCACAUAGGAUCUUAUGUGCCUGCAGAUUCUGCCACCAUAUCUUUGGUUGAUGGUAUUCAGACUCGUGUCGGUUCAAGUGAUUAUCAACUUAAAGGCGUUUCCACUUUCAUGGCUGAAAUGAUAGAGACAAGCUCUAUCCUAAGAGGGGCCACUAAAGAUUCUCUUAUCAUAAUUGAUGAACUUGGUCGUGGGACAUCUACUUACGACGGUUUUGGUUUGUCUUGGCAUAUAUCUGAGUACAUCGCGACUAAAAUUAACGCCUAUUGUUUCUUUGCUACUCAUUUUCAUGAGCUUACAGCAUUGACCAAAGAAGUUCCUUUAAUUGGUAAUCUGAAUGUCAAAGCUGAAACUUCAUCCGAUGGACUUGUCUUUCUCUAUAAAGUUGAAAAGGGUAUAUGCGAUCAAAGUUUUGGAAUCCAUGUCGCCAAAUUGGCGCAAUUUCCUGAUCAUAUAAUCGCGGAUGCUUCAAGAAAAGUUCAAGAAUUGGAAGGAUUUAGUGGAGUUGAUGAUAAAACUCGCCGAAUUCGUGAACAUGUUCUGAAAUCCAUUCAUGAAUUUAAAGUCGAUGAAGCUGGUGACGAGAAGAUUGAGAAAUUUGUUUCAGAACUCCGAAAAUAUGUUAAAAUUAAGUCAUCCGAAUCAUAAACUACAUCCAAAUAUAAACUGUAUCAGCUAAAAAUGAUAUCAUUGUUGUCAUAUAAAAUUCACAAAUUUUAAAUUUUAAAA